AUGGUCCAAAUGGGGAAAUAUAUGUCAUGUAACCAGGAUUUGCCCACCUUUUCAUACCGUUGGUUUUGCUUAUUAUCCACCCAUUUUCACCAGAAUGUUAUCUGUAAAUUUUGUGAAGGCUAUUAUGACUUUGGUAGUGAACAACCAGUGUGUUCAUCUUGUCAUGCUUUUAUUUAUGAAUUCAGUCUGCCUCAAAUGACUGAAAAUCGAUUUUUUGAAGAAAAGGAAGCGUCUAAUGAUAGUGGUAAUGAGGAACCAGAUAAAGGAUCUGAAUUAUUCGCAACUGGUUGGAAUUCUUUCAGUUUAGAAGUCACACCACAUGAUCAUGCACAUGUCAAAGCUCGACAACCAUGUGGCCGAAUGUUUUCAGCCGCCUGUCCCCUACAACAGCCUCACGUUAUUGCAUCCUACUCCAGUUACCCUGUAACCGACUAUGUAUCACCAAUUUUUAAGAGAAAAAUCAAAUCCUGUGGUUCACGCAUUUCUCCAAAUCUUGAAGAUCUUCCAACUGAAAUUUUGCUCCGUGUAUUUUUAAUGUUGGAUGAUAUAUGCCUGUGGUCUCUGCGUCAAGCUUCAUCUCGAUGUCGCUCAGUAAUAGACAGUGAAAUAUCUGAGCAACAAUGGGAAUCCUAUGUAUUAUUUCGAUGGCCACUGUUCAACCCAAAUUGUCGAAUUGAAAGUUGGAGGCUACUCUACCUCAAUAUGAUGGAAAGUGUCACUUGCAGGUUUUGUUUGGAACGCCUACGUCUACCGGUAUUAUUUCCAAUGGAAGCUCCAAAAGUUCGAUAUAAACGUAUUAAACAUGAAUUUGAAAAUUUAUGCUCUGAUCCGCCUUAUGGCAUCAAAAUUAUCACGUUAGACACGGAAACGUAUUCACAUUUCUUAGCUGGUAUUGAAGGUCCACCUCAAUCCCCAUAUCAGGGUGGAUUUUUUCAUGUGCUUAUUCUUGUUCCAGAUAGUUAUCCUUUUCGGCCACCAGUAAUACGUUUUCUCACACGUAUCCUACAUCCUAACAUCAGUUUUCAUGGUGAUGUUGGGUUGGACUCAAUUAGACACAAUUGGUGUCUAGCUCUGAGUUUAGAGAAACUUUUAAUAAGUAUUUUAGCGCUUCUAACUGAUCCUCAUACUCGUAUUUGUAUGGAGCCAGUAAUUGGAGCUCUGUAUGAUUGGGAUAAAUAUCAAUUCGAGGAAUUGGCAAAAUUAUGGACAUGGAAAUUUGCUUGUCAUGAUUAUUUGUCAGCUGAUUUUGUAUCUACAAUGGUACUUCCAGAUUAUAUUGAACAAACUCACCGACGUCUUAGCUGUCAACAAAUUCGAUGA